AUGAAAGACCGUCCAAUUCUCCGACGAUCUUUAUACUCUCUAUUCUGGCUUCCGACUGCCAUAGUGUUUACUGAGUACUUCGCCGUAAUCAAGCAAGUCAAAGGACCGAGCAUGCAGCCUACGUUAAAUCCCAACACGUCUGAAUGGCAAGACGUCAUUAUAUUCGACCGGUAUCAUGCAAAGGUUAUGCCUCAGUAUGAGAGGGGAGACAUUGUCGCCGUGUGGUCACCCUCGGACCCGAACAGAUUAUUCGUGAAAAGGAUAAUCGCCUUGGCUGGGGAUAUCGUAAAGACAUUACCGCCCUACCCCGAUGCGGAGGUGCGCGUUCCAGAGGGGCACGUUUGGAUAGAAGGCGAUGAGCGCUUCCACUCAGACGACAGUAACAAAUUCGGUCCUGUACCGCUGGCUCUGAUCGACUCGAAGUUAUUCUACAUCAUCUUCCCGCUCGACAGGAUAGGCCCAGUGCCCUCACAUCGAAAACAUCGUACAGACCUUCCCAGGGGCCCGGCAUGGCGUCACGAGCAAGCAGACAUCGAGAGGCAACGAUGGCGGGAGUCAAGAGUGACAAUAGGCAGUUAAGAAUGGGUAGCAGCAAACCUAGCGAUGUUGAUACAAUCGGGCUCCAGCAUAUACUAUCUGCUACACGAGGAUCUAUGGUAUAUCUCUACCAUCAGUCGUGAUCAUGAGGCUAUAAAUUAUGAUUCAUCUCUUUCACGCGUCUCCGGCGCGUCUCUUUUCUUCAAGUCGGCGAAUAACGUUACCCUGAUGGUCCUGGGGAGCCAGGCCUAGGAUCUCGUCCGCCUCGGGUGACCCAGCCAAAGGCACGUCCUUGCGCAAGGAGACCUUAACCGGGGAUACUCCUUCCCUGUAGGCCAGGGCAAAUACAACAUCCAUGUCUUCCAGCGAGCGGCCAGCAGUCUCGGGGAAGAACAGGUACACGACGGGUAUAAUGAAGGCGUUCAAAGCGGCGAAAACGAUAUAAGUCCGCCAUUUGAUAUGGUCGAACGCAGGUCCAGUGACCAUCACGACAACAAAGUUGAAGAUCCAGUUGGAUGCGGUACUUAGAGCGUUCGCCGGAGCCCGGAUCCUCAGUCCCACAAUUUCGGCAGGGUAUAACCAAGUCAUCCCCAGCCAGCCGACGGCGAAGAAC